AUGAGGACUCCACCAGUAUACCAAUCAAAAAAAUCGUCCAAAAAAGAUUUAGUGAAAGACGCCAUUCAGUUAACGAUUAGUGUUAAUCGAAUGAAGCAACAUUUUAUUUGGGGUACUGUAAAUGCCCUAGUAUUGUCUAUGCUUACUUAUGAUUUAUUGGCCUUGCCAUAUUCUUGGUAUACUCCGUGGUGGAGAUUUGUUGAAUCAGUGUCAUCAAUAGUUGUAUUGUUCAGUCUUUUAUAUCAUGUAUUGUCCCUUACAAAAUUAUGGAUAACCACUAAUACCUUACACUUAGCACCGGAACACUUCCAGACACUUGGCUUAUCCAACUCUUAUAUAAAAGUAAAAUCACCAGAUACUUCAUCAAGUGUAUUAACGCCUCCUGCCACCACAAGUACACCAAUUAACUGGAUAUCGAACAAAUGGAACAACCAACAGUUUCACGUUUCCCCUGACAACUUUGGAACAGAGAAACAAAAUAGAAGUGCAACUAAUUAUAUGACUACUAAAAAUGAUGAAACUAUAGAAGAUAUAUCUGCCUUAGAACAAUACCUCAAAGACUAUGACAGCAAAAAUAGCUUUUCUUUCACUGAACGUGAUCCUGAACAACGAAGCAUGUCUUUGUGGGAUCGUUCCGGUUGCUCAAACACAUCUAUUUCCUCGAUGCUUCAAAAUUCUAUAUACCAAGUAGCAUCAUCACCUGAACAAUCAAAAUCUGAACUUAAUGAUAGUACUUCUACUGUAGCUAUGGCUUCAGAAGUAUGGCGUAAAUUUAAAGUUGACAAUAAUAAAGUUGAAAGAUGGUCAGUUAGUUUGAGAACUUGGAUUUCACAAACAAUUAUUUCUCGGUUGGUGAAAGAAAUCGAAAAUGUUGAUCAAGCUUUAUAUAACCAAGGAUUUGUAGAUGUAUCAAUAGGAAAUGUUGGUUUAGAAAGACUAAAAAAAACUGCACAUACAAUACAGGUUGCUCAAACUAUACCUAGUUUACUAUAUAUUAUUCCAUAUUUCGAAGUAUCUCAAAAUCAAGAAUAUGUAGUUCAACGUAUAAGAGAAUUGGCCAAAGGUUCUUGUUUAACCGAGUAUCGAUGGAAUUCUGGUGGAACAUUUAAAGGAAAAGAAUGGAAUAGUGAAUUACCAUCUGACGCAGUUUUAGUAAUGCAUUUACUAGCUACAUACCUAGAUUCUCAGUUAUCUCCAUUAACACGUCUUAAGGGAAAAAACCCAUUUUCUGUUCAACAUCUGAUAAAAUAUCCGGAAAAAUUAAAAUCCGAUAACAAGCAAGUGGUAAUUUUUCAACAAUCAAAUAAUCCACCUCAUUACAGUUUAAAAAUUGGUAAAGAAACACACAACUUUCCAAAGGGUCGUAAUAAUUUUUUCUAUACCGUUUUAUUGUUCCUGCAUCACAUCAAAACGACUGAAAAUGGUUUGUUGGAGAGUGUCAACCUUGGAAAGACUGGUGUAAAUAUGCUCUGGAUUAUAGAAUAA